AUGGUGGCGGGCGUGCAACGAGCAGUCAACAAGGCUGCGACUGGCGCAGGCAGGAAGGCUUGCGACGAGCCGGGGUCACAAUCUCUGCGUCCUUACCUCCAAUGUGUUCGGUCUUCCCUCACAGCCGCCCUCGCCCUCUCGAAUUUUGCCUCUCAAGCCUCUGAAAGACACAAUGUGCCAGAAAUAGAAGCUGCCAGCUCGCCAGAAGUCCUGCUCAACCCGCUGACAGUCGCGCGAAACGAGAAUGAGAAGGUUCUCAUAGAGCCAAGCGUCAAUAGUGUGCGAGUCAGCAUACGAAUCAAGCAAGCAGACGAGAUUGAGAACAUUCUGGUCCAUAAAUUCACACGGUUCCUGACCCAAAGGGCCGAGUCCUUUUUCAUAUUGAGGAGAAAACCAGUCAAGGGCUAUGAUAUUUCGUUCCUGAUCACAAACACCCAUACUGAAGAGAUGCUCAAGCAUAAGCUGGUGGAUUUCAUUAUUCAGUUCAUGGAGGAAGUCGAUAAAGAGAUCUCCGAGAUGAAGCUCUUUUUGAAUGCCAGAGCUCGAUUCGUUGCAGAAUCCUUCUUGACCCCAUUUGACUAG